CUGACAGAGAACAGCAGGGGGAGAGGGGGAGAGAGGGAGAGAGAGAGAGAGAGAGAGAGAGAGAGAGAGAGAGAGGAUGGAGGGCAGGGAAGAGGAGCGGAAGGGCAGCGGUGGCGCCGCCGCCGCCGUCUUGACCCCGGGGGCGAACCUGAAGGACCUCGUGUCGAGGGAAUACUACGGCCACAAGAAGAAGGUGCACUCUGUAGCAUGGAACUGCCUAGGCACAAAGCUUGCUUCAGGAUCGAUUGAUCAUACUGCACGUGUUUGGAGCAUUGAUCCUCAUGGCCAUUCGAAGGUUAAAGAUAUUGAACUGAAAGGCCACACAGAUAGUGUAGAUCAGCUGUGCUGGGAUCCAAAUCAUCCUGAUACAGUUGCUACUGCAGCUGCUGACAAGUCUAUUCGUCUUUGGGAUGCUCGAAGUGGAAAAUGUCAAGUUAUUGAACUAAGUGGAGAAAACAUCAACAUCACAUAUAAACAUGAUGGUUCUCAGAUAGCUGUUGGAAAUAAGGAGGAUGAUCUGACGAUAUUGGACGUUCGAACGUUAAAAGUUGUUAAAAAACACAAGGCUAAUUAUGAGAUGAAUGAGAUUGCAUGGAAUAAAGCUGGAGAUCUAUUCUUCAUCACUACUGGGCUAGGACACAUUGAGGUGGUUAAAGAUCUUGAGUUUUUGAAGCCCUGCAAAUUGAAUGCUCAUACAGCAGGGUGUUAUUGCAUUGCAAUGGAUCCCCUUGAUAGGUACUUCGCUGUUGGAAGUGCAGAUUCACUUGUCAGUCUUUGGAAUGUCAAGGAGUUGCUAUGCAUUAGAACCUUCACAAAACUUGAGUGGCCAGUAAGAACAGUUAGCUUCAAUCAUACUGGAGAAUUCAUUGCAUAUGCCAGUGAGGACCCUUUCAUUGAUAUUGCCAAUGUUGAGACUGGACGAUCGGUUCAUCAGAUUCCAUGUAAAGCAGCUAUGAAUAGUGUUGAAUGGAAUCCUAAGUACAACCUCCUGGCCUAUGCAGGGGACGACAAGAACAAAUACCAAGCUGAUGAAGGUAUUUUCCGGAUAUUCGGCUUUGAAACGCAUAACUGAUACUGACUCGACUCCCAUCAUGUAGUUCUCGUAGAUUUACUUGGGAUCUAUUUGCGUUGAUACAUUUUUGGGCGUUCAAUGCAACCUUGAUGUUAAUUAAUGUUAUGCUAGCUUAAACUGAUCAGUAUUGCUUCAUUGUACCAUAGAAAUACCAUGUGACUUUUGUCAUUUUUCUUU